CCAGUUUUUUUCCUCUCUCUCUCUCUCUCAAAUCUUCAUUACCUAUACCUAUCUUCCCUUCACCAACGCCAGCUCCUCCCCCCACCUGCUUCACCGCCGUCCACCCUCUACCUCCGACCACCUUCCACAACCGAUCCCCUCUCCGGAUCCUCUCCCUGUCCACCUCCCUCUCCCUCUCUCCCUCUCUCUCUCCCCACCUCCCUCUCUCCCCAAUCACACUCUCUCUCUAAAAUCUCCCCAAAUCGUAAACAUCAAACCCACCGACGCCCUCCGGCGCCGAGCAAACAGCUCGAGGCCUUGAAUUCAACGCACCAAAGGUAAAUCACUUAUCCCAGGUUAAAAUAAUAGGAACUACAGAUUAGGGUUUUUGCUAAACAAUCCUUGGAACUUGGGUUUCGGUGACGGCGGUGACUUCUCUCAAAGCCACCGAAAAGGUUUUUACUUUCACCGAAACUUUGAACUUUGCAGUGGGACCAAAGUAGUGAGGUGUUGAGGUGGGGAUCUUUGUUGCUGGAUUCACGCUUAUCACCUACUAGAGAAGUGUUCAUGAAUGCAUGUUUUGGUUAUGUCAGAGUAGAAUGCGAUUGGGGCUUCAAAUGAUUGGAUCUCCAAUACAAUUAAUUAUUGACUGCAUUUAUUUCUGUUAUGUGAUUUUUGCAUAAGAAAAAUUAGCUACCGAAACUGUGGUUGUACUAUCUAUGACCGGCAACGAAGUUGGAGACAGGGUUCACAAUUUCUUUGCUCAAGACAACUUGUCUGAGGGCCAACAUCACUCACAGGUUGUUGACGGAAGUUGGCAGGUGGUAGGUAACAAUCCAUGGGUUGGAAGCAAUCGACAUAUUGGUUUACCAAGUUCCAAUUCAAAAAAUUAUCCACAGCAACCAGAUACUGAGAGAGGACAUAGCGGUUAUUCUUUCCCAGUGUCACAUGGCUUGAACCUUACACCAUCUACUCAAAGCCAACAGCCAAAUUCGAAUGGCUAUAUGUAUGGACGUCAGAUUUUGCAGACGAGGCAGAAUGAAGCAAACUUUUUGGGAGUGGAUACAGAAUCUGAUUGCAAUAACAUAACAUCAAGAGGCUUAUCCACCUAUAGUUCACUACAGAGGAAUGGUCCUGAAGGUUAUACAACUGCGAUUAGGUCGGAAUCAUCUGAAUCUCCUGUUAGUUUUGACUUUUUUGGUAGCGAGCAACAGAUGAGCGGCAAGCCAACAGGCAUGCUGCAAUCCUUGCCACAGCAACAGUUUGGGUAUGACGAAAUGCAACUGAUGCAACAGCAGGUUAUGAUGAGGAAAAUGCACGAGUUUCAAAGGCAGCAACAGAUUCAGCAAAUAGAAGCAAGACAACAGAAUUCAAUAAAUCAGAUCCCUUUCAUUACUAAGCAGGCUUCUGACAGCCAUUCACCUGCUGUAAUCAAUGGCACUCCCAUUUCUUCUAUUAUGGAUGGAUCAAAUUAUUCUCGGGCUACUGAGCCUUCUGCAGGUAACACAAACUGGCUGCAGCGUGGUACUCCGACUAUUCAAGGACCUUCCAACGGAUUUAAAUUUUCCCUUGAGCAAGGCCAGGCACUGAACCUAAAGGGUUUGGUUACUCAACAAGUUGAUCAAUCUCUAUAUGGGGUUCCUAUUUCUAAUACAAGAGGUACUUCACACGAAUAUUCUCAUAUGCCACCAGACAAGUCUACUAUCCAGCAAUCGGCCAUGUAUAAGAAUAUACUUCCGGAUAAUCAAUAUACAGGAUUCCCAGAUCAGGUAAGCAUGCAGGAUGGAUCUUUGGUUUAUAGACAGGGUUUUCACGGUGAAAAUAUGUUUGGUCAUGGCUCUGGUCAAGGUCCCAGUAUUGGGAUGAAUUUUGAGAACCUCCAGAAAGUAAAUUCCCUGCAAAUAAAUGCACCUUCGCAGGAGUUCCAUGGGAAGCAGGAGCUAGCUGGUCCAUCAGAAACAUUGCAGGAAAGAAGAGUAAUGCAGGAAUCUUCUUCACAAAAUGUAGUUGCCCUAGAUCCAACUGAAGAAAAGAUUUUGUUUGGGGAUGAUAAUAUAUGGGAUGCCUUUGGAAGUAAUGGCAACGUUGAGGCAGGAGAUUUUAAUAUGUUGAAUCCUGCAGGAUCUUUGAAUGGAUUUCCUUCUUUACAAAGUGGGACUUGGAGUGCUCUUAUGCAGUCUGCUGUCGCUGAAACUUCGAGCAAUGACAUAGGGCUUCAGGAAGAGUGGACUGGUCUGAGUUUUCAGAAUACUGAAGUACGGGUGGGGAAUCGUCAGUCUUUGGCAUUUGAAAACAACCCAAAACAGGAAAGAAUUUUGGCUGACAACAACUUCGACGUUGCUUCAGCAUUGAGUUCAGGAUCUGUUCCCCUCUCCAAUGAUGUCAAGGCAAAUGAUAGGCAUCGGGGUGCCCCAGGAUUUCAUCAACCUGGACAGAAACUUUCAUACGAUCAUGAUGAGAGGUUGCAGAUGGAUUCUACUCCCAGAUCCAUUCAUCAGUCCGCGGAAGAAAGGAGUAAGUGGUUAAGCCAUGGUCCUCUACGACAGCCAUCUUCCGAAAGGAAUCAGAUUUAUGGAUAUGCCACUCAUUCUUUAGAUGGACAAACAACAGAGAGCACUUCAGGACAUUGGGCUCCUCAACAGAGUGUUUCCUUUCAUAACUCUGGCCAAACACAUGAUGAACCCAAUUUUCGUGGUGUUGGUGAGUCUGAUCCGACUUUGAAAAGUCAUGAGAAUGAAAACAAAGUACCCCGUCAGUUAGAGGAAAUUAGUCAUGGGGGUCUUAUUAGGAAAGCUGAUUCUGGUCCAAAUUCAGUUUUUGGAUUUGAACAUUUUAAGUCUUCCAUGGGAAGUCCACAGGUGACUCGCGGGGACUAUAAUUUGAAUAACAUGGCCGAGAUACCACAUUCUACCAAUGCAAGGGCCAGCCAGGACACUGACCAACUGCUUCCCCAAAGUCAUCACCUCAAUUAUCAUGCUAAUUCUUCAAUUCAAAGAAGUGAAAGUUCAGGGAAACCCCAGCGUGAUUUGAACAAGGGACCUCUGGUUUUGUCGUCCAUAGACAGCUCUGAUAACAAUGCUGUUAAAAUGCAUGAAUCGGAGAACUAUGAUAGGAAAGGGGAUUCUAGCGACAGCCAUCCCACAAGCUUACCCCAGCACACCACUACUGGUGGUUUACCUGGAGGCAAGCAAAAGUCAUCUGGCCGAAAAGCUCCUGGUCCUCGCAAAUUUCAAUACCAUCCAAUGGGAAACUUGGAUGAAGAUUUAGCACCUUCUUAUGGAGUAAAAGAAGCUACCCAUUCACAGGUCAUGUCCCAGCAGAUUCCUCGAGCAUCAUUCAAUCAUAACCAAGGGUAUUUUGGGCAGUCCAAUUUUUUUGGUCAAUUCCCUAAGGCUUCUACCAAAGUGGAACAGGGGCAUUCACCUGAUCUUGAAGGGAAGAGAAGGGGAAGUGAUGAGGUACCUCCCAGAGGCACUUUUCCAGCCUUCUCACCUAGUACUUCUGCUCCUUUAGACAGAUCUGGUGGCUUAUCUGCACCAAAUAAGGCUACUCAAUCAAGUCAAAAUAUGCUUGAGCUUCUCCACAAGGUGGAUCAUCCCCAGGAACAUGCCAAUUCUGAUGGAUCCGUGGGUCAUCUUUGGCGAAACCAGUCGUCCACUUCUCAGGGUUUUAAUUUAGAACUCGCACCUCCAUCACAACGGUUGCCUGUCCAAAACCAUGCAUUGGCUCCUCAGGGCUCCAAUCAGGCAGACUGUUCUUUCAGUUCGAAUCGCACCUCUCCUGAGAGAAGAGCCAAGGGUCAUGCACGGCAGCCUUCCUCAUCUGAAGUACAGCCUUUGCCCUCUUCCCAUGGAACUUCUCAACAAGAAUCCAAGACUAAUUUUAUUGGUUUUCAAGGCCAGAAUGGCAAUGAAGCCUCACAUUAUAGUACGGGGGGGAACGGCUCUUCAGCAUUGACCUCUGGUCUUCCUCAAUCAAGAAGUCGGCUUCAAAAUCAACAAAUGAUGGGUUCAAGUGGAAAGUUGGCAACAAAUCAAACCCAUGGUGUAAGUUUUGAUCGAGAUUCUUUCCAUUUUCAACAAACUGACGACGGUACCACUAGAACUCUUACCAGUCAGUCUAUGCAAGCAUCAUUGCCUCACGCCGCUGGUAUCACUCCAAAUGAUAGCACACAUUCUCAUGAAAGAGUCUCUGCUCCACAAAUUUCCAUAGGGCGGGCUCCGCCAUCCUCCCAGCCUUUUAUUGCAUCUGGCAUUUCUCAACAGAAGGGCUUUCAAAAAUUGGUGCCCAAUGAAUGGACUAAUGUUUCUGGCCAGCAUCAUUCGUUUGGUGUCCAAACUCAAAAGGUUCCUCAGAGUACUUUGCAAUCCAGUCAAUCAAACUAUAAUGUUGUACCAACUCAAUUAACUCAGCAGGAUCAAGAGGAUCAAAAUGCUGAAGUGGGAGGGAAUUACCCAUAUGGCGACACUGACUUGGCUGAAAAGAUGAAUGUAUCCCAAGGAAUAGAAUCUGUUGUCAAGAACCCAUCUGAGGCAUUUCCUUCGAAUUCUACUUCCACUAUCAGAGAUAUCGAAGCUUUUGGCCGUUCUUUAAAACCAAAUAAUCUUCAGCAUCAAAGUUACUCCUUACUGCAUCAAAUGCAGGCCAUGAAAAGUACAGAUAUUGAUCCAAGUAAUAGGGUCAUGAAGAGUACAGAGAUUGAUCCUAGUAAUAGGGGGUUGAAGAAAUUGAAAGGAGGAGAUGAUGGUUCGGGCAGUCAGAUAGCUCCUGAGGUCGGGCAGUCAAGUGAGCUCAAUGUUAUGGUUGGAGAUCCGUUUGUCCAUCGUAGUGCAGUUCCAUCUGGGGACUCUAGAAUGCUAAGUUUUUCGGGGCCAGUAGACAGUCAGGAAAGAAAUGCUUCUUCUCAACUUAGAAAUACAACUUCUCAGGGUGUGCUUGCCUCUGCGCAAAAGGAUUCUGAUAGUUACUCUGCUACUAACAAUCCUACUUCUGUUAGAGUUGAGCAUUCUCAGAUUAGUCCCCAGAUGGCACCCUCCUGGUUUAAUCGGUUUGGAACCUUUAAAAACGGACAGAUGUUGUCAAUGUUCGAUGCACAAAAAAAUGCCACUGUAAAUACAGUGGAACACCUGUACAUACCCUCGAAGGCUACAGAUACUUUGUGUGAACAUAAGCCGUCAGAGCAAUUAAAUGCUACUGCUGAUUCGAAUCAGAUAGAUAAUAUAUGGCAGAGGUCAAACUCCACUUCUGUACCAAUGGAACAUUUUUCUUCCCCCCAGUCAGUGGCCCUGGAUGUUGCUGAUCAAUGUUUGGUUGUUGUGAGACCAAAGAAGCGGAAGGAUGCCACAUCAGAGCAUCUUCCUUGGCAUAAAGAGGUGGUACAAGGUUCACAAAGUCUUCUGUCUAUAAGCAUGGCAGAAGUUGAAUGGUCCCAGUCAGCAAACCGGCUAAUUGACAAGGUGGGAGAUGAAGCAGAAACGAUUGACGAUCGACUGCACAAGCUUAGACCUAAGAGACGGCUUAUCUUGUCAACACAGCUAAUGCAGCAAUUGUUCUGCCCUCCCCCUUUAGCUGUUCUCUCUGCAGAUGCUAGUUCAUCUUAUGAGACAGUGGCUUACCUGGUUGCUAGACUGGCUCUAAGGGAUGCAUGCAGCGUAAUCCCUUGCUCAGGAAGUGAUUCCUUUGUGCCGGUUGACAGUGGAAAUCUCUUGUCUGAUGAGCGUAAAACAUCCGAGAGAUCUGAUGAUCAGCAUCUUUCGAAAGUUAUGGAAGACUUUAUCGGUAGAGCAAAAAAUCUAGAGAAAGAUUUUAUCAGGUUGGAAAAGGGAGCAUCACUUGUAGACUUAAGAAUUGAAUGCCAAGAUCUGGAGAAGAUGUCUGUCAUCAAUCGGUUUGCUAAAUUCCAUGGUCGUGGGCAAGUUGAUGGGGCCGAGACCUCGUCGUCCUCUGAUGCUGGUGCUGCAAAUGGUCAAAGACCCGUCCCCCAGAGAUAUGUUACUGCUGUUCCAUUGCCUAGGAAUCUCCCUGAUAGGGUACAAUGUCAUUCACUUUGAUCAUUAAUUAAUUUAUUUGCCUCAUUUUUCUGUCGACUUUCUCGCUUCUCUCCGCCGCUUCUAUGAUCCAUUUUCUUGCUUAGUUACUGUAUGUGCUUUUACUGGCACCAAUACCGUAGAACCAACACAAAUGGAAGUGCAGAUGAAGAUUGGGCUCUAGAUUGUCUCCUGUAAAGGAAUGGAGGCUGUUUGAUAUUUUUCCAUCUAGUCCAUUUGAUGUCAUUUUUCAGAAAUAUAAGAUAAAAAGCCCCCUUUGUACAUCUCUGAAAUGUGAAAGAUAGUUUUGGGUGCCCCUUCAAUAUUGAGGAAAAUGGGGAGAAUAUGAGUGCAGCGGCUGCAGCCUGGAUAGGCUGAUAUGCCGAAGACUUUUUACCUGUAGUUGGAAACUCUCUCUUGUGGUAUAUUAGCUCUGUAUUUACUGA